AUGCUGAGGAAAACUAAAACACUUGUUGGACUGGAUCUAAUGGAUUAUACUGGUUUUAAAGACGAAAUUUUCAUCAAUAAUCUCUUGAGUAUAUUGAAAGAGCAUAAAUCAAUUAAAUAUCUCAAUUUGCACAUUGAAGAUGUGCAACCAUCGAAUCAAAAAGAAGCUUGUCUAAUUCAAUCAUUGCAACACGAUGAAUUUAUUUCGCGUCUUUGUAUAUCGUCAUCAGUUAUCUCGUCUGAAUUCACAAAAGCACUUCUUCAUGCUGGAGAAAAACGUAAUACAUUCACAUAUUUAGAGUUUUAUAAUUGCACAGUAAAAAAAGAUGAUAAAGCAAAACUACAAUCGUUGUAUGAAAAUGAAAGUUUGCAUCACCUGGCUUUUUAUGAAGAACCACGUUGGCAUGUGCUGUUAGAAGAAACAAAUGGAUCGUUAAAUAAAGGUAAGAGAAGUAGCAUCAUCACCGACAAUGGUAGUUCCAAUUUUGUGCAGCUAGUCAUUUUACUCUUAAGAGAGAAUUUAAUUAGAACAGAAUUGAAUAUAUUUUAGCUGAGCCAUAGUUUAAAAAACGGACUCAAUAUUUCUGAAUGGAAACGAAGAUCCACCUUUACCGGAUGAUCUAUAAUAAACUGUGGUGUUAGUGUUUCGUAGAGCCCGUCGGGUCCAAGGUUUUUUGGAACGAUACUACUGAUAAUACUAUAUUUUGAAACUACUAUGAUGAAAUUAUUCAAUUUAAAGUAGCGUAUCUCACCUUUAAUCUUUGAAUUUUAAUUUAAAGCCAAAACAAGCAUACCUUAAACUUUAACUUUGUUAAUUCGACUUUUUAGAGAUGUACUCUUUUGAUCUCUUCAUCAUCAACAUGAAGUCUAGUAUAGUUCAAUGUUUUCCACUGCUAUUGUCAUUGUUAAGACAUGAUCAGACAUACUAUUUGUUGCUGGUCGAUUGUUGUGAUAUAGAAAUAAUAAAGAUUAUUAUUUAAUUUAAAAAAAGAUAACUAUCCGUAGAUUGUGAACGAACAAGGGAAAUACUCAAAAAUGAUUGAAGUAAUACAUAUAUGAUGAGUGAGAGAGAGAAAUACUGAAACUACAUUAAGAGGAACAGGCAUUUAGAAAACAUUUUGAAUUGGAGGAAUGUAAAGAAAUUCCAAAAAAAAAGAAUUGUUUAUAUUCGGUAUUAAUUACGUCAUUUUUUUGACUGAUAAUAUUAUGGUCAAUCAAAUAUUUAAAGCUAUGAUUUUAUUCAGAUAUAUUAAGUUCAUCUCAUUAAGUUUGUCAAUCUCAUAGCUAGUAUAUUCAGCAGUGAUAUAAUUAUGUAAUUAUAAAUAUCAUUUAAUGACAGUCGAACCAUUCUACGUAGUAAUUUUCGAAUUACCAUAUUU